AUGAGUGGGUUUGCCGAGCUGGAAGAGGGCAGGAGUCCUGAAAAAAACAGUCAGGUACAACACGGGAAACUAGAUUACCAGGUAUAUUUUAAAGAUGCAGCAUCAAUAAGUCUUGGUUCAUUUGCACUUUUCAGAGAGGUAUUUCUUGAAGUUUGGGGGCAAACGUCUAGUGUUUGUGAAUGGCUUUUGCAUUCUGUUGAGAUUGGUGUGGUGAAGAUUGUUUGUAAUGAUUGUGAACAUGUUACUGACAACUUACUGACUCCUUCCAGCUACACUUACAAGGGAACAGGCUUCUUUCUUGGCAGGAACAUGGAUCCUCUUACUGGUUCUUCAGUUCCUCCUCCAGAUGUACCUAAGAAAACAAAAACUGUUAGCCAAACCUUAAAAACAUCGCUGGCUCAGUCAGUGCCUCAGCCACAGCUGGACUUUUCUAUUAUAGCUGAUACUGCUAAUCUGACAAGUAGGAAGUUCAAAGAACGGGCUGCAGGAGCACAUAAGGGACAUAGCAUCUGCAAAUCUAGCCUUUUACUGACUUGGCUUGUCUGUUUUGUUGUACUGAAUUUGUAUAUUGUGUUUUUUUUUCUAGAUAUUGAUGAAUGUGCUCUGCCAACUGGGGGGCACAUAUGUGCUUAUCGCUGUCACAAUGUUCCUGGAAGCUUUCGUUGCAGCUGCCCCUCUUCUGGCUACACUUUGGCACCAAAUGGACGCAGCUGUCAAGAUAUUGAUGAAUGUGUAACAGCAACUCAUAACUGCUCUGGCACAGAAACCUGUUUUAAUAUUCAGGGUAGCUUCCGCUGCCUGGCUUUUGAAUGCCCAAAAAAUUACCAGAAGUCUGGUGACACUCGCUGUGACCGCUUGCCUUGUAAUGAGAAUACGGAAUGCCAGAGCCUGCCUUUGAGAAUAACCUACUACUACCUCACUUUUCCUACCAACAUUCAAGUGCCCUCCAACAUCUUCCGUAUGGGCCCCUCUAAUUCCAUCCCUGGGGAUACCAUUGCACUGUCCAUAACCAGCGGCAACGAAGAGGGUUAUUUCAGUGCUCAAACACUGAACAACUAUACUGGUGUUGUGACCGCACAGCAGCAAUUUUCAGAGCCCAAAGACUUUAUCCUUACCAUAGAGAUGAAACUUAUCCGUUAUGGAAUUGUCACCACUUUUGAGUCUGAACUAUAUGUUUUUGUUACUCCUGAACUUUGAUCACCAUAAUUCUAAUGCAUUAAGUUUUGACUUUUUUAUAUAUAUAUUACUUCAUACAGUGUUGUUUUACUUGCAUAGAGACCUUGCCAUCAGUUCAUUUUUUUUUUUAAUUUAAUUUUACUUUUUUUAUAACAAUAUCUGUUCAAGGCUGUACAGUUCACUGUCUUUACUUUUGAAUAAUUACAAGCAUAAUGCAAAUAUAUUCUCUGUACAGGUAGGAUGUUACAGUCAAAUGUGUGUUUAUCAUCUGAAAACCAAUACUCACAGCAAAUUAGUUCUAUGUAUCACGUCAUGCUUCUAUUUGACAGUGGAUAUUAGCUUAAGCAGGAAUGAAAUAAAAUAAAAGUUUUUACAAAAAUUC